UUUUUAGUUUUUGUUAUUUAUAUUUGGUUUUUGCUCUUUUAUUUAUUUCUCCUUAUAGGUUCCAUUGUGUUGUUUAUGAAAAUUAAUUUUUAUAAUCAAAAAGUUUUGAGUACAAAAUGGUAUUCAAUUAUUUCCAGUUCAAGCUUCUAGAUCAGGAAUAAACUUGAAUCAUAUAUAUAUAACUUUCAAGGACUUCUUUAUAAUUGAAUCAUAGUGCCUUUUUGGAGAAAUCAGCUUCAGGAUACAUCGUGCCUUCAUUCAUUUUUUAGGAUUCUCGUACAGGACUUGCAACUGCGCAAUCAGGUGGUGGUGGACUUCUGUUACAUCAGGACGCUGAAUCCACUCAGUGAGGUCUUCUAGCACUUCUCCUUUUCAGAUUAGGACGAACGUCGUCAGCCGAGGACGACGAGAUGCACGCUUUCGCUUCCUCCGGGGGCGGCGGUAGCAGCUCGGCCUCCUCCUCGACGGCUGGAGGCGGCGGCAGUGGAUCUCCUCAGCUGUUCUGCCUCCGCUGGAACAACUACCAGAGCAACCUGACCAACGUGUUCGACCAACUGCUGCAGAGCGAGUCGUUUGUCGACGUGACGCUCGCCUGCGACGGCCACUCGGUCAAGGCGCACAAGGUGGUCUUGUCCGCUUGCAGCCCCUACUUCCAGGCGCUCUUCUUCGACAACCCCUGUCGUCACCCCAUUGUUAUCCUCAAGGAUGUGCGUUGGCCCGAGUUGAAGGCGGCUGUUGAGUUUAUGUAUAAGGGUGAGAUAAAUGUGUCACAGGAACAGAUAGGACCUCUACUACAGGUUGCCGAAUCUCUAAAGAUCCGUGGAUUGGCUGAUGUGUCCGGCAAUGGAGACUCGACGGAUGACUCCAAACUGGCCGACACAGUCUCCCUCGCUCCACGACCCUCUAAGAAACGCCGCCGUGACUCAUCACCUUCCGCAGACAGUCCUUCCGCCUCCAAUGGUCUCCCUGACGCACUGGGUCUUGUGACCACAUCUCCUACUCCCGCCUCCGGGCCAGGUGCCAUGUGUCCACCGCCUCCACCGCCCCCGCAGCAGCAGCAACAGGCGAGCGCCGCCUCCAGUCAGGGACAGAUGUCGCUGGCCGCACUGCCGCCCCCGCCGCCCCCGCCGCAGUCUGCCGCAACCGCCGCCGCCGAUGACAUGGAGAUCAAGCCCGGCAUUGCCGAGAUGAUUCGCGAGGAGGAAAGGGCCAAGAUGCUGGAAUCGACCCAUGCUUCUUGGCUCGGAGCCUCCACCUCGUCUCUGGCCGCAGACAGCUACCAAUACCAGCUGCAGUCGAUGUGGCAGAAGUGCUGGAACACGAAUCAGAGCCUGGUGCAUCACCUGCGGUUCAGGGAGCGUGGCCCACUCAAGUCGUGGCGGCCUGAGACGAUGGCCGAGGCCAUCCUUUCUGUGCUCAAGGAAGGCCUGUCGCUGUCGCAGGCCGCGCGCAAGUACGACAUUCCCUACCCGACCUUCGUGCUCUACGCCAACCGCGUCCAUAACAUGCUCGGACCGUCUGCAGACGGCGGCACAGCAGAUUUGAGACCGAAGGGCAGAGGUCGACCUCAGCGCAUUCUGCUGGGCAUCUGGCCUGAGGACCACAUUCACGGCGUCAUCAGGGCGGUCGUCUUCAGGGAUCCGCAGCACAUCAAGGAGGAGGCCAUCAACCUAGGCUACCACCGAAUGCAGGAGCCUCUGUACGGCUCACCAGGCUGCAACAACGAGAGCAGCGGCGGCGGCGCAGUGUCGCCAAGCUCGGCGGCUGCAGCUGCAGUGGUCGCCGUCGCACAGAACUUGCGACAGCAGAUGUUGGCGGCGGCCCACCACGGCACCGCAGCCGACGCGGCUCACUUCAACUUCCUGGCGGCACAUUGCAGCAAUGGCGGCACUGCGGCCCCCCCUGGCACAAUGCACAGUCCGCUGCCGUCGCCCGUCAACUCCUCACCCCGCUCCUCCCCACUAUCGGCCGCUAACCCUAAUGCCGCCAACAGUUUGGAGCAGCAACACCUAGGCCCAGCACAGAGCCCGCUAGCGGCCGGCGGUCACCUUCUGAGUGGCGGCAACUCCAUGUUCUCGCUGUCGUCGUACAAGGCAGCAGCCGCAGCCGCCGCCGCAGCCGCAACCGCCAACCAGCAGUCGUCGUUGCCCGUGUUCCGACCCGAGCAGCUCUUCCACGACGAAAUAGAGGACCUCGUCAAGCGGCCGCAGUCAUCCGAGACGCCCAAACUCAAGUCGCCCCCGCAGGCGCCGAGCACACCGGUGUCGCAGAUGCAGUCGAUGCACGCAGGCGCAGUGCCCAACUACAAGCCACCGACCAGUGUGGGUGGGGGAGUCACUCUGGUGCGUCCCGAGUAUCUCUUCCAGGACGAGAUCGAAGAUCUUGUCAAGAGGCCCAGCUCUGCCAACUCCGAGGCUUCCUCCAAGGUCAAGGUUGGAAUCGGUAUGACGUACAAGCCGACCAAUGAGAGCUACUCUUCGAAUGCGAGAGCCGACGCGCUGUUCCAAGAGGAGAUCGACGAGUUGGUCAAGUCUCCGGCCUCCUCCACACCCAACGACCAGUCGGCCGCCAUUCCGCUCAAAGUUGAACAGCGCAUCGAUUGAACAAAGCAUCACCAUUCCAACGCAGUGCAGUGCAGUGCUAAACCAGAUUUACGUUGAAUAAAACAUCAACAAUUAAACCGUCGAAAAUCAGAAACCGUUGUAAACUAUUAUCAGUUGAAUUGCAGAAAGUUACUAUUUGUUUUGUGAGUCACAUUGAAUCAGAGUCUGUUGAAUAGAAUCAAAAUGUUCCAUAAUGAUUAUUUAAAAGUAUCCUUAUAAAAAAAGCAGGACUGUGUUUCCAAUUAAUAGGCCUCGAUACAUAUUCAUAAUACUUAUUAACUUAAGGAAUGAUCUAGCGAUAAGCGUCCUGUGAACCUAUUCAAUGACUCAUCAACCACUCAUAAACAAAUUCAUCUAAGGGUGCAUAGUACUCUAUGAUAUCAAAUGUGUUUGAAAAACUAAAUUUAGUUUCAAAGCUCUGUAAGCUGGCUAGAUUGUAAGUCGCUACUAAAGGCUUGAUUGAGUGUAGGAAAUUGACUUGGUCUAUCGAUUUCAUGAAAAUAUUUCAUGACCAAUAAAAUCAUUUCUAUUCUUCAAUCUCUCAGUUGGUUGCUCACAAAGGGUACGUCUAGUCUCAAUUAUAAAAAUCGUUAAAUUAGAUAAUUAAAGUUCAGUGUUUCUAUUGGUUCAAUCUUCAGCUUGCUGUAUUAACAAGGUAUUAUAUUAUGUUUGUUCUGAAAUAGAAAAUCAACCUCCUUCCUUGGCGAUACACAAUUCAUUUGGUAUUUUUAUUAAUUGGUGUUGAUUCAUUUGUUUAACAUAAUAAAGAUAUGACUUGCGUCAUAUAUUGCUGAUGAUAGUCAAGGGGAUGUCAUUUUCAAAAGUGUAAAUUAGAAGUUGAAAAACUGAAACUAAGGCCCUAACUAUAUUAGACAUUUUAUAAUGGUUACAAUUACCAAGCUUUAUUUUUCAUCAUCAAAUCUAUUCAAUAUUGUUAAAGAAUCUCACCGAAAUGUAAUAUUUUUCAUAUUACGUAGAUGUUACCUCUUCACGAAUGUGAGGUAGGAAAGAGUAAUAAUAAUUCUCUGCUAGAAUAGCAAACAAUUUUUCCUAUUUAUUCUGUAAGGCUCCUUUAAAAAAAUCAAUAAUUGCUAUAUUUCAACCCCUCACAAAACCAUCGGCUGGACCAAGUUGCUUAAAUCAUUGAAAUUUUGAUCGUAUUUGAAUGUUAUCAAUAAAUUGAGAAAAACAAGUUAAUUUUUCUCUCUUGAAAAACUGUUUUUUUUAUCACAAACAUGAGAUAGCUAUCAAAUACUACAAAUGUAAGACUCAAUUUCAUCAAUAGCUCUUAGCUAAGUUAUCAGCUUACCUGUUUUCAAAAUUGUCAGCCUCAAAAGGAAAUGAACGAACUCGUCAGAUUUUCUGAAUAGUCCUUGAAAAUCGAUUUGAUUCUGUGGAAUAUUUCUUUUGAAAUGAGUUUGAGAAAAAUUCUAUCAAUUAUACAUUUGUUUCUUUCAUUAAUUUUUAAAGUAGAUGAAACUAUCAAUUUUGAUUAUCUGUAAAUUAUUUUUGUGAAUAACUGGAUAUUAUAUUCUUUAUUUAUUAUUUUUCACUAUUGUGUCCCAAUUUUUAAAUCCACAGAUCUGAUGGAAAUUUGUAAAUAUAUAAAUACAGUAGUAUAAGACUAUUAUAAGUAAUUUAAUUGAUUGUGCAUAUAAAUAUAGUCGAAAUGUCCUUGUCAUGAAUAAUUAAAUACAACAAAGUAUACUUAUAUAUUAUAUGGUGAUAUAUUAUCAUGUUAUAUAAUAAUAAUUAAUAUAAUCAAUGAUCUUGAUGAUCUAAGUGGGUAGUCUUGCAUUGUUACAAGUUGACAGUUACAGAGCAAAUACUAGAUUUAUAAUUCCGAGUAUUCAGAGUUUUAAGUUUACUUGGAAGGUGUAGGCCUACACAUUUUUCUUCUAUUGAGAAUGGAUUAUAAAAUUGAAAAACAGAAUACCAUGGCCAGUAGUUUAUUGAAAGAUUGAAAAUGUCCUUUAAAAUUUCUCAAAGAAAUGUUUGUAAUCUUAUUGGUUUAAAGAAAUUGGAAAUAUACUCAACAAUUCUAUCAUUUAAUAGAAAUCAGCUCAUUGAAUCACAGUCCGAAAUUAACUUUUUCCUUAAUAUAAGUACCGUACUUCCUUGAAAUGUAAAUAGUAAAUACAUACACUUUGUAAUACAUGUUUGACAAUCUUUCUUGAUAUUUUGUAUUGAGCUCAAAGUUUAUACGAUUAGUUCUACUAUUUGCACUGUAACUUGUCAUUCUUGAAUAAAAGUAAUUUAUCAACAAACUGUAGAUUUCAGUGAAAAAAUUAUGCUUCCUUGAGAACGUUCAAUACCGAUCCUUUGCACUAGACAUUGUCGUUGAUAAUGUUAUGUAUAAUUAUUGUAACUAUCGAAAACAUAUUUUAAGUAAAGUUUGAUGUUGGGCAAACUAUGUCCGCUGUUAACUAUUAGAGCUAUAAUUAUGGUUCAGUUCCAUUUUUUUAAUAAUACUGUAAACAUGAUAAGAUUAAUUUUAACUUUAAACUAUUGUUAUCAAUAUGAUCACUAUAUUUGAUUGUUUACCAAAGUAUUUUCGCUUUUUUGUUAUCUGUGAGAUUAUCACACAAUUCUCAAUUGUUUAUACACUGUAUGUAGGUAUUAUUAUCUUAGGUAAUGAUGAUCGUUAUUCAAUGUAAUUAAUUUAUUAUCAUUAUUUAUUACGAUUGCUUUUGAAGAAAUAGGUACCUAAUUUAGUUAUUUGUAUUUCAGUGAUUAGUUUUUUAUAUACUGUACCGUAAACUUAUGUAUAUGUGGAUAAGAGUAAGUUUUAUUGUGAAUAUUUAUGAAGAAAAAACACAUACAUGAUCUUUACUGUUAACAGAACCUCUAGAGUAUUUGAGAGUGGAAAUUGAUACAAUAUAUUGUUAUAUAAACUGCAUGUUUCUUUUAUCGUCGAUAUCAUGAUAUUCAUCGUUGUUGAUUUGCAUUUUAAAUUCAUGCGUCAAUUUUAGAACGCUUUCUAUCUGAAGUACUUUUGAUUAUUUUUUACAAAAUGAUAUACUUUUUUGGAAAAUCAAUGACUUGAGUGAAUAGCCCAAUUGGCGUGAGUUCAUGCGUUUUCCACAAUCAUAGAUACAGUACCGUGCAUUAACAGUAGUAGAAGAAGAGAAUAUUGAUACAUUCCAUUUGUGUAACUUUUAGAAGCUUCACCCGUUACAAAAUUGAAGAAUAGUUUAUUGGUCAUUCGAUAAUUCAUUUUUUAGAAUAAUUCGAUUUCUGCAAAAUUUAUCCAUGCAUGGUUAAUUAAUCAUUAUUAAUCAAUCAACACAGCAUGACAGUUACUCGUAAUAUCCCUUACUAUUACAAUGGUAACAAGAAUGUUAAAGAAGAAUAAAGUUGAACAAAAAUGUAUUUGCAUGUGUAGUUUUGGCGACAAGUGUAGGCCUAUCUCCAUUCAAGGAUGCUUGACAGAAGUUUUAAAGUUUCUAACUUUAGCCAGAAAGUUCCAUUUUAGGGGAGCAAUUUUCCCUAAGAGAACUCUUCGCACAGUAAUAGUUGGAUCACCUUUCACACUUAAAUUAUUUUUCAAUUAUAAUAAUAUCUUCCAUUUAUCUUUGCAUCAUCCUUGAAAAAUCAUUUUUAAAAAUAUUAUUCUGUAUAAAAACUUUUAAAUUGCUCAAAAAGUGUUAUCCACCAGAAAUAAAUAAAUACAAAUUGAAUUUUCAGUAUUUAUAAGCCUGCAUGUAGGUACCAUAUGCAAUCCAAGGUCGAAAUUGUCUUGAAUUUAUACUCCUUUUAAAGUUUAGACGAUUAUAUUAUUUUCCUCAUGACGUUUCAACCAUUCAUUUUUUUACGUCAACACUACCAAAUUUGUUGACAAAAAACUACACAAUCAUUGAAAUAAGUACCGAAGUCUAAACUGAAAUAUUCAGAAUCGCUUUGAAAUAAUUAGUGAUCAGUUAGUUCACUUCUGUCAGAACUUCAAUUGGAAUGGUAGUCAGCAGCUCUAACUUUCUUUCAUCCGGUAACUAUAUAGGCCUACCGUCCUUGAGGGGAUCAGAUCGCUUUGAUAAGGAUAUCUGCUUUUCUGUCAGCCCAUGUACUGUUCUAUCACUGUCGGCUGAUUAAUAAUUACUUAUUAUCAUCAUUUCAAACUUAAAUACCCACGCUCAAAGAUGAACUAGUCUUCUUCUCUAGAAAAUAUAAGGAUAUAUUCUUCCGGAAAAUCUUAAGAUGUAAGACUUUGAAAAUUAUCAUACCUUCACCUACAAAAAAAACAUGAGAUAAAUAAUUUAUUAUCUAUCCUGUAUGAUAAUAAAAAUAUUGUAUAUCAUUUCAAUGAAUUCGUUGAUCAUAAAAAUUCAGAACUUAGCUUCAAAUUGAGAUAAAUACAGUACGGUUCUACUUUGAUAAUCAUGAACAAUUUCAUAGUGAAAUAAUAUGGAGAAAAGUAGAAUUAUAUAAUGUCACCUUUCUAUUUCCUUAGACCUCAUUCUCAUUCCUACUCUCUCUCGGUUCUGAUAUAAUUUCAGGAUACAUUUGAAAAAGGCAUUUUAUCUUGGAAUGUGAAAGUCUUUAAAGAAAUCAUCCAAGAACUGAUCAAUAUUCCUCGAGUUGUAAAAACUAAAUUUUGAAUAACAGUUCCAGAAAAACUGCAACCUUUGUAAACAGUAGCUAUGAAUUUACAAUAAAAGUUGUAAGAUACUUACUUUCAACAACCCUCUAUCGAUUAUACUUUUUUCCACGUUUGGCCGUUAACGUUCUUGUAUAAUUUAACAAUUUUAUUUCUUAGAGGAAGCAAUUUUAAGGAAGCAUUCAUCAGCUAGUGCCUCUAAUUCGGUAUUUUUAUGUAAAUUUUUAAAAUGAAAAAUUAUAUCCUUCAUAUUCUCGUAUAUCUAUAAUUCCUGUUCCUAGGUCUACUGUCUUGAAUAAAAUUAUUAUUACUAAUAUAAAUGAAAAUGUAUACAUUAUUGUGUUCAGAAAAAACUAGUGGAAAAUUUUUGAAAAUUGUUAAAGUGCCUUCCAUUUUCCGAUCUAAAUCGACAUCAUCUUUAAUUAAAAAAAAACUUUCAUCCUCAAUACUUCAGAUAUCUUAUCCAAUCUCCCAUCUGAAAUAUAUUAAUUUUUGUACAGAGUGUUUCAAAUAUAGAUAUUUUUUGUCUGUUAAUUCCAAUAUAUCAUGAGGUAUAUAAUAUUGUAAUCGAAGCAAAUUUAUUUUCAAAUAGAUUAUUUUCAUAAGUUGCUGUAUUACUGGACUUAGUUGUCUAUUAAUGAUGAGAUUCAAGUUAUAAAGUCAGCACUUGAUUAACAUUAGUUUGCUUCCCUUGUCUCUCAUUAGACAAAGCAGAUAUCGCUUUCCUUUUCUAGCUCCGCUCUUGGCCAAAUUGUUUUUAGACUUAAUGUUUUUGGUGAAAUUGUAGUCAUUUUUAAUUAGCCCAUGUAGAAAUAUAAUGAACUACCAACAUUUUUAAUACCGAUUAUGAAAAAGUAUUAUUGAAUCAUGGAAAAUAUAUUUUCUUGGCAAAUAAAAUCUAAUUGAUUAUUAUUAGCUAUCAACAAUAUUAGCCUAAUAUUGUAUCAGAUUACUGGGAUGACCAGAAUUAUGCUAUCUUCUAUAAAAGGCGGUGGAAAUAUAAAAAUUGGUAACUCUGUGGUCCUAUUAUUUCCACUGACAUUAUAACGUGAAUCUCACCAUAGUUAACUAUGUGCUUCUUCAAAAUCGAAUGAUCAUAAAAUCCUUGACUAACACAAUUUUAAGAAAUUCUAACAAAUUACCCACAAAUUGAUUGUAUUUUAGCCUUUAUUUUUUACAAUAACUUACAAACAUAAUAUUAUUUAUAACUCAAUUGGUGGAUUAAUAGAGGAUUCUUGUAAAAAUCCAACACUCUGUACUGAACCUAUUCCACUUGGAAACUGUACUUUUUUAGUCUCAUUCUUGAGCUUAAAAAUACAAAUGUAUAAUCUAUUUUAUUAUUUAACUGUGUCUUUUCUCAAUUAUUUUUCCAACUGUAUGAAACUCAAUUCACAAUAAAAUUGUGAGGCGAACCCGCAACGUGUAGUAAUUAUAGGCUAUUGUUAACCAGUGUCAUCAAAAAUCACUUGUAAUUUCUCAAAAUACUCAGUUCUAUUUGAACAAUAGAUUUAUUUAUUGAUAGUGAAGUAAACCGAAAUCAAAUGGAAAUAUUGUCAUUGCUGUAUAUUGAGUAACAAACAGAUCGAUUUCAUGAAUCUAUCAGACAAAAGAAACAACACAACUAGACUGUAAACUAUUGUAUUACUGUGUUAGAUUCGCAUAAUAAAGAUAGGAAUAAAUUAUUUCAAAAA